GCUCUGACGUCAUUGUGCGGCGCCGGACGGGUCCUGGUUCUCGGGGUUACAGGAGAGCGGCGGCAGGGCGGCGGAUCGCUGUGGUCUGUGUUGAUUAAAGACCCGCAGAGACUCGACAUGUACUACAAAGUCAGCGGAGUGACCGGCAGACUCACCGGAUCAACCCCGGCCAGCGCCUACUGCCCGCAGGGAUUAAAGGCAAAUGUGCCCCCUCCAGCCCCUCCAAUGAUCUUUGCUUCUCCCACCAAGAUUGCCUCAGAAGCAGGCACUGUAGAGUAUAUGGGAUCCAACAAGGUCCCUGAACUGCAGAAGAUCUUUCAGAAAGCUGAUGGCGUGCCCAUUCACCUGAAGCGUGGAGUCAUGGACCGACUGCUGUACAGGACGACGAUGGGUUUGACAAUUGGCGGAACCCUCUACUGUCUAAUGGCCCUGUACAUUGCUGCCCAGCCCAGAAAACCUCAGUGACCUCAGUCAUCUUCCCCAUCUGGAUUUAAUGGAGUGUACAGGUGGGAGCAGCAAAGUGGACAAUUAAGACUGUACUCCCAAAGACAGAUGAAUAAUUGCUUUAUUCCUGCCAUGCUCUUUCACUUCCCCCAUAACACAUAUUUAUAACCAGAGGUCUGGUGUUGUCACCUCAAGAAGUCUUGCAAGUACAUCUUUUUAAAACAUGUGAAAUACCUGUCAGGUCUCUCUGUCUGACUAACUUUGGUGGUUUGGACAAGGUUUAAUGUUCUAUUGCCUUUACAACCAAACCUCCAGCUGGUGAAACAGAGGCUUGUGGGCACACAGACUUGUUUUAACACUUUUUGAUGAAAAGGACAUUAAAAUUAAUGCGAACUUCACACACAGCUGGCACAUUUAGUGAGUUUUCAUACUUGGCAAGGCUUGUUCUCUUGUUCCAUCAGCUGGAGACUUCACAGCUUCUGUGUGGUUAUGCUUGCAGUCCAGCUGAUGUCCAGAACAAAAAAUAUCCAGUUAUUUGGUACACUAACAGUGUUUGAAAUUUACAUGGCCAAGAAUCUGUAACUACACGUCUACAUGUUUGACUGUAAAUGAUGUUCUUGUGAUUAUUCUUGAGAAUAAAUAUAUUUUGUUUCUAAAAAGCAAGUAAA